CAAACCAAAAAAAUUAUUAAAAAACAACAAAAAUUAAAUUUUUUUUGAUUAAACCCCCCCCCCCUUAUUUUUUUUUCUGGCUGCGCCACUGCCUACAGUCCUAUCAAGUGUUACUUAUGAUGUACACGGUAAUGUUACUGAAUGCUGUGAGCCCAAAGUGGCUUAAAUUGUCUAAAAUUUAUAAUUAUAGCACCAAAGUAAUAUUGUAUGUGUAUACAAAGAAAAUUAGAUUUUUCCCUGCACAUUUGGGCUUUACACUUUUUUGCGUUUUUUUUUGUGCAUGGACUUUACAGUUGAAAUUUCAUGAUUCCCUAAUUUUCUUCAAGUUCUACUUCUGUACUUGUGUUGUGUUGUGUGUAUUAUUGGACCUACUGGUACAACUUAUAAAACAUGGUGCACAUUAAGUACAUUUCUAUUUCACUGAAUUUGCCAAAAUAAUUCUGUUUGCACAAAACACACUAAAGUUGCUCCUGUAAUAAUUCAAGUGUUCCUGUUUUCUUUUGUCAAAAUUCUUCUAUUUUGUUUGCAAUCAAUUAUUUUUGCAGGUCAUUUAUUAAUAAUAGAAUAUUAAAACUGGUUAGCAUAAAAUGAACUAACUUAAACUUCAAAACAAGUUACACCAGUUCUCACAGGUUCUCAGCAACAGCCAUGGUAGGAAACAUAUAUGAAUACCAUGGUUCUCCUGUCAACAACGAGAUAUAUGAAUACGAUCUUCAUAGCGAAAAGAACAAACUUGUUCAGAAACAAAGUCCUGACAAAAGUUUCUUCAAAUUUUCAGGGUUCACACAAAUUUUUAAGGAUAUUUUCCUUCCCAAAGGCUACCCUGAAAGUGUGAGUGAGGAUUACCUAAGUUACCAGAUAUGGGACACUGUACAAGCUUUUUGUAGCAGUAUCACUGGCACACUGGCAACACAUGCUGUGUUAAAAGGUUCAGGAGUUGGGGACGAGACGGCUAAUGUUGCAAGCGCUACCAUUACUUGGUUGCUAAAAGAUGGAACAGGAAUGCUCGGAAGAAUUGCAUUCGCUUAUUUUAAAGGUUCAAGUUUGGACUGCAACGCAAAGCAAUGGAGAUUGUUUGCUGAUGUCAUGAAUGAUUGCGCAAUAUUCAUACAACUUGUUGCUCCUGUUUUACCAAAGGCUUAUUUUACUUUGGUAAUGUGUUUGGCAGGUUUAGCGUUCUCAUUAGUUGGAGUGGCAGGUGGAUGUACACGAGCUGCUUUAACCAUGCACCAAGCUAAGUGUAAUAACAUGGCAGAUGUAUCAGCUAAAGAUGGUUCACAGGAAACACUGGUAAACCUUGCAGCAUUACUGACAGGCCUUGUCAUAAUGCCCAUUGUCGCGACAAACAUUCCUCUAAUGUGGUUGCUGUUCCUGAUUUUCACAUUCCUUCACGUUUUUGCUAAUUACAAAGCUGUAGCAAGCGUGGUAAUGGAAUUAUUUAACCGGAAUCGAUUAUCGAAAGUCAUAAAGGUUUUUUGUGACAUGAACAAAGUGUUGACGCCGAAAGAAGCGAAUGAAAAAGAAGCAAUUUUCUUUCCUCCGUCAUACAGUUGGUUAAACCUUGGUUGUAAGCUUGAGGAUCUGGGUUUGACAUCGUCAGAGUUUCAUCAAAAAGUUGACGAUGGUGGAGUGAGGUAUUUGAUUAAAAGGAAUCAAAAAACAGGUCAAAUCAUGGUGUCUCUAAAUCACUCAUGCACGGCGUCGGAUAUUUUAGAAGCUUUCUAUGAAUCAUAUUUACUUCAUAUUAACAGAACUUCGCUCUCAGGAAGUUGGCCCACCCUGCGCUCUAACCUUCAAUCCAUUGGUUGGGUGGUGGAGCAACAACAACUUAACGUGGGGGGCUGGAGGUGGUCAACCAACUCCCCCAGUGUUGCCAAGCAUAAACUUGUUUAGUUGAUUUGUUAUUCAGUGUGGAGUGUUUUUAUUUUAUUGGGUAACACUGGGUUUUCAAGUUACUCAGUGUUGCCAAUCAUAAACUUGUUCAGAUGAUUUAUUAUUCAGUGUAAAGCAUUUUUAUUUUAUUGGGCAGCACUGGAUUUUUAACUCAUUCAGUGUUGCCAAUAAUAAACUUGUUUAGAUGAUUUGUAGUUCAGGGUGAAGCAGUGUUAUCAUGUUGGCAAUGGCAACACUGGGGUUUCAAGUCAUGAAAAAAAGUUGUUGAAAUUUUUCUAAAAUGAUGUUUGGAAGUUCAUUGUAUUUCAAUUGUGCAUUCUUUGAUGUGGUGUUAUUGUUUCCUUCAUUAUUAUUUAUUUGCAUUUUAAUUAUGUACAGAGUGCUGGGUGUUAAUCUUGCCUUUUGUACCGCACUGAUGGUAUAAUGUUAAUCAUGUAUAAACCUUACUGUAUACACAAUGUCUUAUACAGGGUUAAGUUAGGGGUGUUUUGUAUUAAGUAUACUUUGUUUUCCAG